UCCAACUUUGGUGUUAUAUUUGUUUGUGUCAUGGUGAGAGUGUGUGGAUUUAACUUUGUGGUGUUUGUGACUUCAAUAUUCUUCCUUACAGAUCAUUUAUACAUCAUGCGCGCACCCUUCUACCUCGUGUGUGCCACUUUGGUAGUGAGUAUCAGAAGCGAAGACCCUACGGCAAAUGGCAACUACUUUAAUCGAGGACAACUGGAACCAGUCAACAUGGCAGCCGACCAAGAAACCAUAAGUUACCUUCUGCCCAAAUUGGCUGCUAAAUACCGGCCAAACAGCGAGUGGACUGGAGUCACCGAUCCCAGAUUUUACCUGCUUACGGAAAUGGAAUCCAACGACUUCGAUAAUCAAGUUGAAAUGAAUCCAGAAAUCAGAAUGAAACGAGCAGGUUCCAGAAUUGGCGAAUCUGGCGGCAGUCUAUCCAUCGUAAACUCCCUUGACGUCCUGCGCAACAGACUGUUACUGGAAAUCGCCCGAAAGAAGGCGAAAGAAGGCGCCUCCAGAAACCGACAGAUGCUGAUGAACUUGGGCAAACGUGGCUUCUUCCAAGGAGGUCGAGGAUACUUCAACGAAGUGUAAAAAUUCAAGCAAACCAUGGAUAUUUUUGAAAACGGUCAAACAAAUCAUCAGAAUGGCUAUGUUUUUAUUACCUAAGGUUUAUAUUAUUCUAACAUAAGGUAUAAAAUGUAGACGUAUGCUUCAAUAAAAGUCUCCAAUUAUGGCUGAUAGUAUACAUCAUUAAUGUCACACUGUUAUACUUUUGGGAUUAGAAACACGUCAAAAUUAUAAUAAAGUAAACAGUGUGUCUAUGCUACUACAUCCGUUUAUUUUACAUGUUUUCAAACAUUAAAAGGUAAAUAUUUGUUAAAUUUUAACACAUUUAAAUAUCUAAUAAAGCCAAACUUAAUCAUCAUCAUCACCAAUCAGCCAAUCGCGUUCACUUCUGGACAUAUGCCUCUCUCAGUUCUUUCCAGUGUUCUCUACACUGGGCCGCUUGAAGAGUGUAGGCAAACGUGUUAAGUAUACAAACUCUGUUAUAUUAAAGGACUGAUUUCAUCAGUAUUUCAACUAAACCUACAUAAUACGGAAUAAUCGUAACUAUACAAUCUUCUCUGGAUGAAUAUUGCUGGACAUAGAUUAUUCUUAGUAAUCUACACUAUCGUGGAUUUUAUUAUGCUUGGAUUCCAAUGCUUUGACUCAGAUGCAUCAGUAUUUUGAAUUUAGUAGAAAAUGUUUAUUAAAGUUUCUUUCCUUGUCAAAAGUUUCCUGAAAGAUCACUUUUUCUUGACAUUCUGCGACUUCCAUUGUGAUUAUAUAUGUUUUAAAAUUUAGAAAUUUUUACUCUGUCCUGCAUUUUCGUAUUCAAGCACAUCGUUUGUAUGUUCCUCUGUUCAUCUCCAAUUUUUAAUGUUAGUUUAACACAAUGGUGUAUGUUUUAUAGAUAACCUUUGGAAAAAGGUUUUUAAACUUUUAAAGGCUAUCUAUUUGUUUUCCUCUGAAAGCUUGUCUGGUCUACAUUGGUCACACUGCAGACAAUUGGCUUAUUGUAUAUCCAUGAUUAACUGUUAUACCAUUCAUCGAGACUUGUGCCCAUUUGCUAUAUACCUAUGGGCUAUCCGCUAACACCUAUUGGACCUUAUAUUUAACCCUGAUAUAUCUAGGCAUCUUCUAUGAAUGUUGUCUUCUGCCCAUAUCCCUGAGGUUCAUUUUGUUUCUGAUAAACUAUUAGACACGACAGUGUACCCAUACAAUGGCAAGGCAAAAUCUUCCAGAGAUUAUCAGCUCUCUAGUACAUAGCUUAGGCAACAUUUUUCUGCUAUGCCCCUCAUUAGUACCUAGUUAAUUACAUAGUUUCACAAUAGUUAGACAAUUGGAGAGCACGGGAGUACAAUCGCAGUAGAAGAAGACCAAAAAGACGAUAGCAAGACGACAACAAAGCAAAAUUUGUACGAAAUUGGCACCAAAUAGCACAAAACAGAAAACAGUGGAGACCUCAUAGUAUAGGGAGGCCUUUAUCCAGAAGUGGAUGCAAACAGGCUGAAGAAGAAGGAGAAAAUAUAGUGUUAUAAAAAUGUAUAUUGCAUGCUUCUACUUCUAAGCAAGCGUCAUCGAUUUCUAUUAGUUUCGUUAUGGGUAUUAGUAAUCAUAAUCAUAUUGACAUCAAAACAUAGUUUUUUUAAUCGUUUUUCUUCAUCAAAUACAAUUUUCAUAAGAUAUUAACGUUAAUUGUAAGUGUUGUUGGUCUAUAAAAAACCGUUUUCAAAAAUAUCGAACCGACUUAAGCUUAGCUCUAGAUAUUUGUUAAGUUCUUAGGCUUUUUCUAACGGGAGUACGGUAAAAAUGGCCAAAAAACUGCUGGCGGUUUGUACGUUUUGCUAUGUAUUCUCUAAGUCAUAUAUUUUCCUUUAUUUUGUAUUUACCGCUUUGUAAAUUAUUUUUGCUUUUAUUCAUUGUACAAUGAUCAAAAGUAGCUGUGUUGAACAGAGUGGUCCAUUAAUAAAGGCUCACCGGGCAUUUACUUAUCUCAUCACAUUCCUUCGUCAGUUAAAUGCAACAGGUAGAAUUCUAAAACGUUGUACGCCCUCUUUGUCUCGUGGUAUUCAGUCUGCUUCAAUAACUCUCUUCUUUGUCUAUUUUUGAUGACAAUUCAAAAGCUACAAAAUGUUAUAUUGCUUGCCAAAAGUACAUAAUGUAGAUGCAAACCAAUUUCUUGGCAUGAUCUAUGUUAGUAUAAGAUAUUUGUAGUAGAUCAAUAUGAUUCUCGCCUGAUAAAAUUCGACCAAUAUAUUUGGGCAAGAUAUAAUACAAGUUGCAUUAUAAGAUUUGAGUCAAAAUAUUAAGCCCGCGUCUCACCAUCAAACAAUUUGAUCAAACAGUUUGAGCAAACUCCGGAAGUACGUCAAAGUGACGUCACAAUUGCAGUUUUUUUGAAAUUCUAUAAAUCUGUGCUCUCACUAUCAGUCUAGUUUGAUCAAAUUUUUUGUAUUGAGUUGUCUAACUUGUUUGUACUUUAUUUAAAAUUAAAAUUUUUCAUUAUUGUCCACAAUGAACACUCAGGAUGUGACGUCACUAUCUGUCACUUUCAGUUUGCUCAAACCAGUUUGAUCAAAUUAUUUGAUGGUGGGACGCGGCCUUUACAAAUUUCCUUACAAAAAAUAUAGCGUUAAAAAAUAUAUCUUAAAUUAUUACAAACACUCGUGUUCAAAAAAAUGCGGUUCAAAACACUUGCAUUUUGUAUUGUUUUUUUUUUAUUCUGUAUGUGUUAAGUUCUCUAAAUGAGGAUAUAAACAAUAAUAAUGGAAAUCGUUUAUUUCAAAACACUAAAAAACUAAUAAUAAGGAAAAUAAGUAACCAAAAAAAAGUAAUAAGUAACGCAAAAAAAUGGCAUUGCUAGAAAAACUAAACAAAAGAAAAAACAAAAUUUUAAUUGCGCGCAGUUGACUGUUUUUAGGUGUAUUAAAUCUGCGGAGGAUCUCAAUGCGCCUAGGCAUACUGCUGAAUCAGCGCUGAAGUUGCUGAAUCAGUUCUUGCUCAUGUUCCUAUUCUUCAUUUAACGCUAUUUUCUGCUCUAGCUUCAGCUAUCGUUUCUGGCAAUGGCUGCCUCUUUUGAAUCUUUUUUUCCAAAACUGUCCUAAAAUAAAUGUUCUAAUGGAUUCAUGUCACGAGUAUAAGCGAGCCAAUCCAAAACAGGUAUUUCGAUAGCAAGGUGAAAAAUACCUCCGUCUGUAAGCGAAAACGGGACUCCUCAGAAAAUAUUACAACACUCCAUUGCUGAACACUCUAGUGCUAUUGAUCAUUCGUAAAUGUCAUCCUGUUAGCUCGAUGAGCUGCUGUUAAUUUAAGGCAUGCUACUGGCUUAUAAGAACGUAAACCUCUUUCAAGCAGGACGUUAAAGAACGGUUCUGUAAUGCGGAAAUCUUAAAAAACGGUCAUUAGGCUGAUCUCUGCACCUUUUUCUGCCUGAUCCUUGUCUUCUAAUGUAUUCUCCAGUCUGAUGAUAUUUCGUGAUAGUAAAAAUAUGAAUAAUAUUCUUGGCAAUAUUUAAAUGAUUUGCAAUAUAACGUAGGUAUACUGUGAUCGUCUUCAUGUAAUGUCACAACGUUUGCAUUAUUUUCGGGAUUCAUACUAACACGAUUUGAACACAAAUGAACAGUGAUCUGAAUUUAUCAGAAUAAACGUGAAUCUUAUGAUAAAUGCAAUAAAAAAUGCAAAAAAUCUGUUGUUAGUAAACAAGAUUAAAGUAUAAUUUUUUAACCAUUUUUAUUGUAAUGAAUGAACGUUUUUUAUUAUUAAUGUUUACUUCCUUCCAUUAAAAAAACUAGGUAUACCUACACUGACAAAAUUUAAAAAAAAAACAUCCAAGAAGCAAGUGUCCGGAUUUUUUGACCAGGCGUGUAUAUUCAGUCAAUGAUUUUAUUAAUUUUUGCUAUCCACUAAUGAUAUGUGUUCCUUACUAAAAAUCCCUUGUUUACCUAAAAAAAUUCGCAAAAAAACGUAAAAAAUACCUAUUUAUGUAUAAAAAAUACUAUUUUAGAGAAACGCAUUAAUAACUUCAAGAAUAUAUUAUGUUCUUUAAAAUUAUUAUGUUCAGUCGGAAAAAUGAAAGAAUACCCAUGGACGAUCACAUCAAUCACUUAUUGUGUAUUUGCCAUCUUUUUCUAUAAUAAACGUUUGUUAUUUAUAGAAAAAGACAGCAAAUACAAAAUAACUGAUUGAUGUGAUCGUUCAUGGGCAUUCUUUCAUUUUUCCGACUGUAUUUACAAAAUGGGUAGAUGCUCCGUGUUUCUAAGUGUAAUUAAUUGACCACCCCGUAUAAAAAAUACCAUAACCCUAUACUUGUGAAAAUUAUGAUGUAGGUAGUUAAGUUUGCAGUUAGUCUAUGCUUUCAAUACUCUGUGUUAAAAUAUCAAUCAAAAUAAAUAACAAUGGCCUACUAAUUAUUAAACAUUGACUUAUUUUCUGUUUAUUUAGGUUUACUAAGGUUAAAACAUUGAAUUAAUAUAAGAACCACUUCUACGAAGGUAUAGAUUAAUCAACCUAUUGAAGUCAGCUACUUCGCCUUCCCAUUUUUUUUCGUCUUUCAACAGGUCUUUUUCCUUGCAUUCUUGCACUUAGCAAUUUUCUGGGGAUUCUAUUCUCAUGCAUGCAGACUACGUGCCCUGCCCACCGUAAUAUCUGCAGUUUAGUGUAUUGUGCUAGUGUUGGUUGUUGGUUUACUAUAUUGUUCGUAUAUUUCUAUCUUUUUCUUCUUCUUCUUCUUCUUCUUCUUGUGUAGAAAUGAUUGUGUCUGUUUUUCAAUGUGCCUCCAGUAAUUUGUCAUUCCAUCGUUUUCGUGGUAUUCCCACUGAUCGUCUUCCUAUUGGGGAACCGUUUCUUGCCAGCCUUACUACUCUGUUGUCAUUCGACUUAUGUGGUCAUUCCAUUCUACUCUUACGGUUUUUACCAGUUAUUAAUGUUGUCUACUUUGCAUCUCUGUCGUACAUCUGCACUUCUAGCUAUAUCCCAUAUUGUCUUACCAUCGAUUUUUCGAAGCGUUUUUUAUCUCUGCUGUUUCUAGCAUUCUUUUUGUCCUUUCUGUAUAAGAUCGUGUUUUUGCCUUGUAUGUCAUUAUUGGUCUGAUGGCUGUUUUGCAAAUUCUGCCUUUCACUUCGUUUCAAAGAAGUGAAAGAAGUAUAUUUCUAUAUUAUAUCUAAUUCUCCAGUUGUUAUUUUCACUUAUUGGGACCAGUAUCCUACGUAAUAGUUUUCUUUCAAACACGUCUAAUGCAUUGACAGAUUUCUGUAUUAUAACCCAUGUUUUACACCUUUAACUUAUUAUGGGCCUGAUUAUUGUUUUAUAAACCCGUAGUUUUGUUUUCUUGCAAUACAGUCUAUAGGUACUGAGUACUAUCGUUGACUGAUGCAUUGGGGGUAUUUCAAUCCAUAUUAAUAUUUUAAUCAACGGUACUAUUAACCGACAAUCUUCUGUAGUUCGCAGGAUCACUUCUUUUUUCUUCCUUGUAAAAAUAAGUUAUAAUAUGAUGUUUCAUCUUGUCUAGACCCCUACCAUUUUUCAUAGCAAUUAUAGCUGUCCAUACUUAUUGUUCAUCUUCUUCAUCCAUGAAUCUACAUUCUCUGAUUGAGCGUAGAAAGAAAAGAACCCUACUUGAAUUAGGACUACUACUAUCGUCACUACUAUUUAGAAGUGGUUUCUACAUUUGAUAUGUAUAAUUUUACACUAAAUUAUUUAGUAAAUCUAAAAACUUUUUUAAAAAUGAUGUUUUUCAGACAAAGAUUUUAUGUAAUUUGUUGUUUUUUAAUAUGAUGUUGCAAAUAUUUAUUAGAAAUAAUACACAACGACAAUUUUCUCUGUUUGUUUCUCUAAUUUUUUGUUAACAGUUUUUAAUGUGUCUGAGUCGCUGGAAACGAGAAAGUAGUUUCUGUUCCGUUUUUAGAUUUUCAAUAAACUGGAUACAGGUAUAAAUUUGUCGAUUUUUAUGAUAAAUAUUUCGCAAUCGACAUUUUAGUUCUUCUCCUCUUUUCAUAGUUAAUGGCAAACAAAACCGUCAUAAAUGAAUAUAAAAGAACUGCGCUAUUAAACACAUGUCCCAGCAUGUGAUCUAUUAUGUAAGAAGGGACAUGGUCUAUAAUAUAAGAAAUAGACUAAGCACUGUCACAGAACACAUCGUCACAGAACACUGCCCAUAUAGAAUUUCAAUAUAGCAUAAAGAGGACAUCUUUCUAUCGAAGACUGGGUAUCAUCAAAGCUAUUCUAACUUUAUUUACAGUUGUCCUAAACAGUAUGUUAGUGGUUCAACCAAACCACUUUCUUAAAUUUCUCAUCCAAGGCAUUCUUCUGCGACCCGGAUUCAUUAGUACCUUAUACUAUUAUAUUAAGCAUUCCCUGCAUUAUAUUUUAUAGGAAGAUGUAUUUUUGUCCCCGCAUUAGAUAGCCCAAGUAUCGGAGAAGACUUGGUCAACCCAACUUGUUCUUAAUAUUCGUUGAUAGCACCAAAUCUCGAAACUCCUUAUGCUUUUAUAUUGUUCUCUUUGAGAGGUCAUGCUUCCAUGCCAUACAACACUAAACAUAUAUACGAUCUUAAUAAGUAUUCAUAUUUGUAGAGGGAAACUCAUAUCAGGAUUAUUAAAGAGUUUCUUCAUUUUUACGAAAAUGGACCUAGCAAUUAUUUCAAUUCAAAUUUUCCCCAUUGACGAUUCUCCACGAAUAGAACAUGGAAUUAGACAGGGUGAUACUAUCUCCCCGAAAUUGUUUAUAGCUGUACUUGAAAAUAUGUUCAAUAUGUUUUGCCGAUAACAUCGUUUUAAUAUCUGAUAGCAACGGCGUAACCAGGAUGAUCCAGGGGAGGAGGGGUUACAACUUCAAAAUGGCUUGAUUUGUCAACAACACAUAUUGGUGUUAAGCGUAUAGAGCUCAAAGUAGAUCACAAUGGGGGGUUAUAACCCCCAAAACCACCCCCUGGUUACGCCUAUGUCUGAUAUAGUUGAUAAAGCUGCAAAAAUAUGAACGCCUCAUUUUGAACCGCAUCCAGGAAACAUUAGAUGCAAAACUAAUCCCACAACAAGCAGGCUUCAAACCAGGUAAAUCAUGCACAGGCCAAGUGCUGAACCUAACAGAGCACAUAGAGGAGGGAUUUGAGCAGAGGGAGAUAGUGGGAGUAGCCUUGAUAGACCUCACAGCGGCCUACGAUACGAUAAACCACAGAACCUUGCUAACUAAGAUCUAUAACACUGUGCUUGACUAUGACCUGGUAAAUAUCAUUAGAUCACUGUUGUGUAAUAGACGCUUCUACGUUGUGCAAAAUGGAAAGAAGAGCAGAUGGAGAACCCAAAAAAAUGGCCUACCUCAAGGAAGCGUUCUGGCGCCGUUCCUACUUAACAUCUAUACCAAUGACCAACCACUGCACCCUCAGACUGAGAGUUUUGUGUAGGCUGACGACCUUGGUAUCGAUGUAAAGGGGAAAACACUCACACAAGUAGAGUCGACAAUGGAAGAGGCUUUAAACAUGAUGUCAACUUACUACAAACAAAACUCAUUAAAGCCAAACCCUACUAAAACCCAAGUAUGUGCAUUCCACCUCAACAACCAUCUGGUGCAUGUAAAACUGAAUGUUUCCUGGGAGAGACAACGCUUGGAACAUACUAAUAGGCCCAAAUAUCUUGGAGUGAUACUAGACCGGUCACUAACGUAUAAAUUCCACUGUCAGAGCACAAGACAAAAGGUUUCUACGAGAAACAACCUUCUCCGGAAACUUGUAGAGAGCAAGUGGGGUGCAAACCCCCAUGUCUUAAAGUAAACAGCUGAGGCCUUAUGUUUCUCAACAGGGGAAUAUGCUUGUCCCGUCUGGGGUAGAUCAAGACACGCCCAACAAGUCACCACGGCAUUAAAUGAAACAUGUAGAAUAAUUACCGGUUGUAUGAAGCCUACUCCUCUACCAUUACUGUACCGGGCAGCUGGAUUCGCAUCACCAGACGACCGUAGAUGCGCCUCACAAUAUGUGGAGAAGUUCAGGCAAACUUUCGAUGAAAGGCACCAAUUAUACGGGUUUGAUGAACCGCCAGGAAUCAGCCGACUUAAAUCAAGGAAAAGGUUUAUGAGAAAUGUCAGCGUCGAACCACCCGAACUGUUCCCCCUACAUUCAGAACGACCUAAUAGAAUGAACCUGGACUGGAGAACCUGGCGGACACUUAACCGAAUACGCACAGGUGUUGCCCCUGUAAAACAGAACCUGUUUAAAUGUGGCAUCAAGACAGAUAACGACGCACUUUGUGAGUGUGGGGAAAUACAGAGCGUGAAGCAUCUGAGAGUAUGCAGACUUUGCCCAUGACAGUGCACCCUCGAUGAUUUAUGGCUCGCAAAUACAAAGGGUGUAAACGUAGCCCGAAAUUGGGCAGAAAAACUGUAGUCGGAUCCAGACACGAAAAAGUAAAGUAAAGUAAGCUGCAAAAAUUCUGGAAAAGCUCUAUGUAGAGUCAAACACAAUUGGUCUUAAAAUUAACACCAUAAAGACAAAAUUUCUUUCCAACCUUGUAGUCAGCGAUAAAAUUCAGAUUGAAAACCUUAGCAUCGACCAAGUAAUAGCCUACAAAUAUCUAGGGCAUGACAUUCGCUUAGGCCGAGAUAAUUAUGCUAGAUAUAAGUAUAAGCGUGUUACUUUCUGCAGUUACUGUAUUACUUUGGUUGAUUUGUGAGCCUAUAUGAUAAACUCUCUUACUUCUUCGGAAGGUAUGUUCCAACUUUUAGAUCUUAGGGUUUUGCUACUUGCUUAUUAUUUGUCACCUUCAUAUGGUUAUAGCUUUUACUAGCAUUAACGUGUAUCUCCAUUCCUUUUACUGCUGUUUCCAGUGUCGUGAACAAUAAUUGGACCAGGUCAGCCUUUUUCUUGCUAUGAUAUUGAUGACAUCCACAUACGCUUAUAUUCCAGAUUCUCUAAUAGCUUUCUCUAGAGCAAUAUUGAACAGAAGGUACGAUGGGCUAUCUCCCUGUCGAAGUUCAAUAUUUGUUUCUGGAAAAUUCUUAAUACUGCGUUCUGCUAUCUAACUUUACACUCAAGUCAUGAGAUGGUUGCUUUUAAAAAUUUAAUUAAGUGUAUUGGGAUAUUGAAUUCUAUCGUGGCUUUGUAUAUGGUGCGUUUCUGUCUACACUAUCAAGAGUGUUUACUAUAGACAAGAAAAAUCCAGAACAACUAGUAGGAAUUGGUAAAAAACAAAGUAAACUACAAAUAUACAAUAUUGUUUUCAGAGUCUCAUAAUGACAAAACUAUUCUUUGUUUAGAAUUUAUACAACUCUAUCAAGAACUUUAUAUUAUACUUACGCUUGUUAGAUACAAAAUCUUCUAGAAUCGCUUUCAACAGAAAAUUAUAGAUUCUGAUGUUUGCAUUAUCAUUUGUAAAGUUUUCUAGUGUAGAUGAUAGAUUUAGUUCGUGUAAACUUACGUUGACAAUUGCUGUAUUUUUUGUAAAAAUAUCUAUAAGUUGUACAAAUAAAUGGUUUCAAAAUAAUAAA